AUGGCAGACGAUGAAGAGAAGGGCCUCUACAAAACCCAGACGGGCGUAACCAUGUCGCCCGAGCUCUUCGAGAAGCUGUACCUCACCCCCAAAGUGCCCCAGGUCGGCGACUACAACAAGCGGUUCGCCAACCCAACCGCGCUCGGCUUUGUUGGCUUCGUUAUCUCGACCUUUACCUUUGCCAUCAUCUGCAUGGGAUGGGGCGGAGCACAAGGGUUCUCGCCGGUCGUCUUUGGGUUUCUCCAGCUUCCGACACUACAACUCGGAGCCCCUUUUGCAACCGCCGACGAUCCGACCGGCCUCUUGUCGCAGGAGUACAAUGCCGCGGUGGCGGUUUAUCUGAUCGUUUGGGGCUUUGCGCUAUUUACCUUCUUCAUAUUCACAUGCAAGAUCAACGCCGUGUUUGCGUCCAUCUUUUUGCUGGUAAGUGUGGCCGCAUGGGUGCUGUCGGGUGCAUACUGGAAGCUCAGCUGGGGGGACUACGACGGUGCUGGGCAGUUACAAAAGGUGAGUGUUACCUAUCAUGGAGGUGGAGCGCUGUUGUUCAUCGUGGCCGCCCUUGGCUGGUACAUGUGCUUCAUCAUCAUGGCCGGAGAGAUGCGCAUCCCCCUGAACCUGCCGGUGGGUGAUCUGAGCCAUCUGUGGCCCAAGACCGACGUGGAUUUGGCUGCCACAGAGCGACGGGAGCACAAGGACUGA